AUGGGAAGGGACACCAGUGUCCCCCAGCACCCGGUGUCCUGGCCCUCCUGCACCCCACAGCACCACUGAGCACAGCAGCCGCAUCCAUCCAGAUGGAUACAGGCUCUGGGAGCACGGGGAGCCCCCCGGGGGGGUACUCGGUGCAAGCCACCGCCGCCAUCGCCGCUGCCAUCACCUUCCUGGUGCUCUUCACCAUCGCGGGCAACGCGCUGGUGAUCAUGGCCGUGCUGAGCAGCCGCUCGCUGCAGGCACCCCAGAACCUCUUCUUGGUGUCGCUGGCAGCCGCUGACAUCUUGGUGGCCACCCUCAUCAUCCCCUUCUCCUUGGCCAACGAGCUCUUGGGCUACUGGUACUUCGAGAGGACGUGGUGCGAGAUCUACCUGGCUCUGGACGUGCUCUUCUGCACCUCGUCCAUCGUGCACCUCUGCGCCAUCAGCCUGGACCGCUACUGGGCCGUGAGCCGCGCCAUCGAGUACAACGCCAAGCGCACGCCGCGGCGCAUCAAGUGCGGCAUCCUCAUCGUGUGGACCAUCGCCGCCGCCAUCUCCCUCCCGCCGCUCGUCUACAAGGGCGAGAAGAAGGCUGCGGCGGGCGAGCGGCCGCAGUGCAAGCUCAACGAAGAGGCCUGGUACAUCCUCUCCUCCAGCGUCGGCUCCUUCUUCGCCCCGUGCCUCAUCAUGAUCCUCGUCUACCUGCGCAUCUACCUGAUCGCCAGGCGCCGCCACCGCGCCCGCUCCGGCGCCACCAAACCCCCGCCGGUGCCACCGAGCAUCCCCGCGCCGGCCGCCGGCGCCCCUCCACCGGUGGACAGGACCUCGCUGCUGAGCCCCGAGGAACCCCCAGCGUCCCCCAGCGCCGGGGCAGGGACGUCCCCACCGCCCGCGGGACCCCGCAGGGACACGGUGGCCACCGGGACGGGGCGCGUGGUGCUGGCGCGGCGCUCGCCAGCCCUGACCCCCUGGAGGAGGAAGGCUCAGGUGAACCGGGAGAAGCGUUUCACCUUCGUCCUGGCCGUGGUCAUCGGCGUCUUCGUGCUCUGCUGGUUCCCCUUCUUCUUCCUCUACAGCCUGGGCGCGCUCUGCCCCCGGCGCUGCAAGGUCCCCGACGGCGUCUUCCAGUUCUUCUUCUGGAUCGGGUACUGCAACAGCUCCCUCAACCCCGUCAUCUACACCGUGUUCAACCAGGACUUCCGCAAGGCUUUCCGGCGGCUCCUGUGCCGCUGCCGGGCCCCGACGCCCUGGUGAGGGGCUCCCACACCCCCUCCUCCUCCUCCUGCCUGCGCUCAGUGUUGGGUUGAGCUUUGAAGCCC